CGAUUAAACUGGCUCAGUAAUUCACGAUAUUCACCUAGUCGUCGUUUACAAAAAUGGCGAACAAGUGCGACCAACUGGCUCAGGGCCGCUCAGCCGUGCAAUCAACUUGAGCAGUGAGCUUGACUGAAGCGGCAAGUCUUAUUAGCUAAAAAUCGGAGAACACUCAGAAUGGCGCAGUCGACCGUCCUCGAGGAAGACAUCUAUGUGCAAUCCCAAGAUAUGCACUACGCGGAGGAGCUACCGGCGCAGGGGACCAACUAUGUACGGCGGCUCCUCAAAGACCGCGUGGGCGGCCAGCAUCCCGAGCUUCUCGCCCGCUACACGGCCGUGCUCCAGAAACGACUUCUCCGUCGCAAGAAGAGAUCGCGCAACGCCAAGAAACGCAAGCUCCUCACGUCGCGAGAGAAGCGACAACUUGGGCUCAUGCACGGCCCCGAUCCGCCGCCAUCUUACGACACCUUCCUUGCCGUCCACCGAAUGUGGCGCGAGUACGCGGAGUCUCUCGGCGGCGCCCAGGAACGCUUGCUCAAGGCAGAGUAUACGGGAUGUCAUCUCACGGUAGCGGCGUCUCGGUGUCCGUCUUACGUGGGUGUUAGGGGCAUUGUGAUCCAAGAAACCAAGAACGUGUUCAGACUGCUCACAGCCGAGGGACGCGUGCGGACCGUGCCCAAAGCGCACAGUCAGUUUGCCUUCGAGCUCGCCGGCAAGCUCCACCGCAUCUACGGCAGCCACUUCAGAGUGCACAGCUUCGAGCGCGUUAAGGCCAAGUUCAAGACCAAGGGUGUCGUGGGCCUCUAGACAAGUCGGGGGAACAUUUCGCGUACAACAUGUACGGCCACCUCACCUGAACGCGCUUCCAAGCGUCUCGAUUAGCAGGUGUUGCGCGCAUGCGAUGACGAUGGAUGCUAUCAGCCACAGGAGCCAAUCCAGAGCGGAGCGCAAGUUUGUCUGCUUGUUUUGCAGGGGUUUUGGUGAUGUUUGAACGCCGAGCUCCCAUUGGCUCUGUUGGAAGAAUUGUGGGUGGCCCUUAAAACAAGCGCUGCCUUGAUCUCUACCCACUACCCUUCAAUCAGAACUUGGCGUCGUUCUGACGUCACCGUAACCCCUGCAAAAGAAGCAGACGACUUGCUCUCCGCAUACCGUGCGAGUAUUACGUGAUAUGCUCACAGCGCUGGAUUGGCUCGGAUGGGCUUGCAACGUCCACUGUCGUCAACUUUGCAGAAACUACCGACUGUAUGCAGUGCAGCGAUGGGGUGGGAAGAGGCGACUCGAUGCAAAUAAAGAAUGUCGCAGAA